AUGCCCAAGAUACAUUCUGAAAAAGGGUUGAUUACACUAACAUUUGGGAUUUGCUUAACAAUCUCCUUGGUGGGAUGUAGCCCUCCUGAAGAGCAUAUAAAAUGUUCAUCAGGAAAUACUGAUUGCACAAUCUCCAAUGCUUACGGAUCAUUUCCUGAUCGAAGCAUUUGUCGUGCAGCUGAGGCAGUCUACCCGAGAUCAGAAGAAGAGCUCAUUGCAAUAGUUGCAAAUGCAACAAUGCUGAAGAGGAAGAUGAAAGUGGUAACCACAACAUCCCAUAGUGUUCCUAAACUCACCUGUCCAGACGGCGAAAAUGGGCUCGUUAUUAGCACCAAGUACCUCAAUCGACUAGUGAACAUCGACAAAUCAGCCAUGACUAUAGUGGUUGAACCUGGGGUGAUGUUAAGGAAGUUGAUUGAUGAGAGCACCAUGGCUGGACUAGCCAUACCUUAUGUUCCAUACUGGUGGGGUUUGACAAUAGGUGGACUUUUGAGCACGGGUGCACAUGGCAGCACAUUGUGGGGUUUGGGACCUGCUGUUCAUGACUAUGUUAUUCAGCUUAGGAUUCUGACACCCUCAGGAGCUGGUGAGGGUUAUGCAAAAGUUCAUACGCUCAAAACUGGCGAUGCUGAGCUUAAUGCAGCUAGAGUCUCACUUGGAGUUCUUGGAGUCAUUUCACAGGUGACGCUUCAACUGCAACCAUUGUUCAAGAGGUCUAUCACGUACGAAGAAAAAAGUGACUCAGAGCUGGAAGAUCAAGUGUCUACAUUUGGCAAACAACACGAGUUUGCAGACUUCAAUUGGUACCCAAGUCAACAUAAGGUGGUUUAUCGAAUUGAUGAUAGAGUGCCCUCCAGCACUCCUGGAAACGGUGUUUUUGAUUCCACAGGAGUUCGCCCUGCUGCUUCUCUUGCUCUGGCAACUUUAAGAGGCACAGAGGAUAGUCAAGAAUUCACAGGUUACGCAGAAGGGAAAUGCGCAAGUGCAGUAGCAAGCACGUCCUUGUUUGAAACAACUGCAUUUGGAUUGACAAAUGAUGGUAUCCUGUUUGAGGGCUACCCUGUGGUAGGGUAUAACAAUCGCAUGCAGUCAGCUGGUUCCUGCCUUUAUAGCCUAGAAGAUAAUUUAUUAACAGUUUGUCCUUGGGACCCUAGAGUUGACGGUCUAUUCUUUUUCUCAAGUGGGAUCAGCAUUAGCUUGUCCAAAGCUAAGGAUUUCAUUCGAGAUGUAAAACAACUUGUUGCUUUGCAGCCUAAUGGUUUAUGUGGUCUUGACCUUUAUAAUGGUAUCCUGAUCAGAUAUGUUACUGCUUCAAGUGCUUACUUGGGGAAAGAAGAAGACUCUUUAGACAUUGAUAUCACUUACUACAGAAGCAAGGACCCAAUGGCCCCAAGAAUAUAUGAAGACAUACUUGAAGAGAUAGAGCAAAUGGCAGUGUUUAAGUAUGGAGGACUGCCACAUUGGGGUAAAAAUAGGAAUUUGGCUUUCCUUAAUGUGAUUAAGAAGUACAAGAAUGCUAAGGAGUUUUUGAAGGUCAAACAACUAUAUGAUCCUUUAGCGUUGUUCUCCAGCGAGUGGUCAGACCAAAUUCUCGGACUAAAAGAUGGAAUUACCAUAGUAAAGGAGGGUUGUGCAUUAGAAGGAUUGUGCAUAUGUUCAGAGGACAUCCAUUGUGCCCCAAAGAAGGGAUACUUUUGUCGAACAGGAAAAGUUUACAAAGAUGCGAGGGUUUGUGUUCACUUGACAUCCUAA